CGGUUCAAAAGAACGAGUCGUUUACGCAUCGGUCGUCGCCAGUCUACAUUAUCACACUGUUUGUGGGAAUGCCUUACGCGCGAGAAAACAAACAGCUCACAAGAGGUUACUGACCGCAGAUUUACGCGAUUAUGCUUUGCAAAUACGUCGGUUUAUAUUUUACGCCGCUAUGCGAAUAACUCUCUUUACUUUAGGGAAACGUUAGCAUAUUAGCCGUCCGGUUCUGCGAUUCUCUCGUGUCUAAAUUGUUAUGGGCUAUUUGCUGCUGUUAGCCUAUGCUUUGAAACACGAGUUAUGAUAGAUAAUGUAUUUGUAUCAAUAACGUGGAGGUGAAGUGAAACAACUCGUGAAUUGAGAAGUGCUAGUUAGCCAGCUAGCUGAAUAGACUGAAGUGCUAUGCAUCAACUUGCUCCUGGUCCUCCUCUCAGCUUUGAGAUUGCUAACAUUGUCAGAGACAUUUAGUUAUUAAAUGAGCCUAAAGCCCUGGCACUUGUGUUACAUGGGAAAUCUACAAUGUCGAGGAUUCUUCUGGGCCUGGUAAUGCUUGGAUGCACUGUUGCUGUUGAAGAUGUUCAAGCCUUUGACGACCCGAUCACCAGACUUGUGAACGAAAAAGCGGGCGAGCGGUGCUCGGGUAGAGUGGAGGUGCGUCAUGGGCAUCAGUGGGGCACCGUGUGCCAGCGCGGUUGGGAUCUGGAGGACGCCGCGGUGGUUUGUAGAGAGCUGGACUGUGGCUUCGUGUUGGACAUUCCGGGCGGCGCUCGUUUCGGACGGGCCGGUGGAGAAGUGCUGUGGAGGAAUGUGAAAUGCUCGGGUGACGAGUUUGCCCUGGAUCUGUGCGAACGCUCUCUCAAUGAAGACGUGUGUACACACAGCGAGGAUGCCGGGGUGGAGUGCACAGGAAAACUUCUAGCACCCACCUUGUCCAUUCAGUCUCGCUUCUACACGUAUUCAGCUGCGGAGGCCGUUCACUUUAAAUGCACCGCCCCGUACUGGCAGUCUGUCAUUGACUUCCAUCUGUACAAAAGAGGAGUGGACACUCCGCUAGUGACCCAGAGAGCCGAUCCCAGACAGAUGACUGUGGAUCUGACUCUUUCAGACUUAGAGAUCUCCCAUCAGGGCAGCUACAGCUGUCUCUACAGGAUACACACCAAACUGGGAAACUCUCCGUUGGGAUUUUCUCCACACAGCAACUUCAUUAACAUCACAGUCUUGGAGAUUCACACUCCCCAGAUCUGGUACAAUGCGUCUCCCGAGGCCCGGCCGGGUUGGGUCAUCCGGGGCCACAGUUUUAACGUCACCUGCUCCACGCAGCCUCAGUAUCCGGGAGGAUCCUUUCAGCUGCGGCUCAUCAGGCCCAACGGGACCGUCCGGCACUCUCUGCCAGCCCUCACUCCCUCCGUCACCUUUACCUUCUCCAAUGCCCAGUCCAAUAAUGAGGGCUACUACUGCUGUCUCUACAAGGUCCAGACUGGAGAGCGCACAUUUAUUUCGAGGGAGAGUCAGCCUUUACCCAUCUCUAUUCGAGAAGUAGAUCCGGUGAUGAGCCCGGUGUUCAUCAGUUUACUGGUGUCCAGUUUGACGUUUGUGGUGGCCGCGUGCGCCAUUCUGAUUGUUGCCAAAGUGUACUGCAAGAGAGUGAGCAAACCCACAGAGCUGGAGCGAGAGAGCAGGACCUGUGUUGACAACACAUACAUUGCUUUGACAAUCAAAUAGCAGGAGUUCGAAAAGAAGCAACUAGAAACUGGUCAUUUUGUUGGCGUUUCAGUGGUCUGUCCAAACCAAAAGGAGGGUCCGAGUUUGAAGAACAAGCGCAAACCACCGUUUCUUACUAUCUGCCAUUCUCUGUCAGUCACAGAGGAACGUCUCCAUUGUCAUUGGUUGGAGGUUUUUCUUUCAACGUUACUGGAGAUGGGAUUUUCUUCUCUUUUUUUUUUUUUGGAUUUCAAGUAAAUGCUGACAUCACUAGACUUGAAGAUGGGUGACAUUACAACACAAGCUGUUGCACUAACAAGGUUAAAAAGGGCUUUUUAGUUUUUAGAGGUACCAUGUCUGACCCCAUGUCUUCCCAUAUUGUUGCAGGUAAAGACUGUAAAACUGUGAAAUGUCGUUUUUUUGUUUGUUUUUUUUUUGUUUCUUUGUAUUCUCCAAGGGGCUUUAUAAUUUAAAGAUAUAUAUAUAUUUAUUGUUUUUUCUACUACAUUUCUUAUGUUUGUUUAAUCACAGGUGGGACAGACAGCCUAAGAACAACCUCUACUGCAUUAGGUCGCUACAGGGAUAUCAAAGUAUUAUCAACUGUGUUUUUACCCGGAUUGUUCUUUUUUUUUCCUUUUAAAAAUGAAAGCGGGCUUGUCUGAACGCGUUAUACACUAGAUCUGACGUAAUGCCGUUUCUUACAUGAACAAAAAACAGCACAUUCAAUAAUUCCUGUAUUUACAAAUAUAAACAAUAAUUAAUAACAGUAAUAAAAGUCGUAGUGUGAAUUAUAGGCAUAGUUGAAAUAUUUUAAGCAACACUACUAUUGUCUAGCGAAGCCGAGAAAGCAGUUACGAACACUACAGUACAGUAUAUACACUCCAUAUUUAAAAAGGAAAAGCAAAAUGUUUCUAAAUGUAACCGAGUCACGUGUAGACCGAAACAUCUGAAACCCAGAUAGGCUUGUUCAGUUCACAUUUAUACGUAUAUGUUUUGUACCCAUUAAAAAAUAAUAGCAUACGAGCAAAACGCUCAAAUAAUAUUAAAAAAAAAGCUGUGCGAAAACACAGCUGUCACUUCCUGUUGCAUCCAUGUCUUGUAAUGUGGAGAAUUAAUGUUUAUUUUGUCGCAGUUUUUGGUACGUGUAAUACAAUUUGUAGACUUUUGCCAUUAAAAACAAAAAUCACAA